AUGUAUUUUUUAAAUUCUAAAGGUGUAAAAGGUGAUGCUGGUCUUCAACCAUUUCAAGAUGCUUUGGGUCGUGAAAUUCGAACUUUUGGAUUUCUUUUUUCUACUGAUGGACGCCGAAUAUAUCUACGAGGAUUGCCUGGAAGGCCUGGCCCGCCAGGAGAGAAGGGAGCUAGAGGACAUCCUGGCUUCCCGGGCCCAAUUGGGUUGGAUGGAGCACGUGGAUUACCUGGUCCAAUAGGAAAGUCAGGUCCAAAAGGCGAUAAAGGUGAACAAUGUGCACCAUCAAUACCCCAGGAAACUGUUAAAUAUGUUCAAAGUUUACCAAAUUCUGCUGGUCAUCAGCUCUCCCCACCUCCAGCAGUAAUUCAAGGACCUCCAGGUCCUCCUGGAUUGCCCGGCCCACCUGGUCGUUCAUUACCAGGACAAAAAGGAGAGCGUGGAUUGCCUGGAUUUGAUGGAGAGUCUAGAAUAGGACCUAAAGGCGAACCUGGAGUACCUGGCAAAACUGGACAUGUUGGCCCUAGAGGAGAGAAAGGAGAAAAGGGCUCUAUGGGGCUGCCUGGACGUGAUGGCCGUAAUGGGCAGCCUGGACUUGUUGGGCCUAGAGGAUUUCCUGGACCUAAAGGCGCGAAAGGUGAACCGGGAAUGCCUGGAAAAUCAUCAAUGGAAGCACCACGUCCUUUGCCUGGAAUGGAUCAUAAAUCACAAACAACAAUUAUUCAGGGUCCACCUGGCCCUCCAGGACCGCCUGGAGUUAAAGGCGAAAAGGGUGAUACUGGAAGUAUUGGCAAAAAAGGAAAAAAGGCACAUCUUCGAUUUUCUAAAGUUGUGCAAGGACCUCCAGGUCCACGUGGAUUGCCUGGCCCUGGAGGUGAAAAAGGAGAGAGAGGGGAAAUUGGACUUCCUGGAUUGCCUGGACAGCCUGCACCUCCCUCAUUUCCAACAGUUUUUACCGGUCCAAAUGCUAAUACUAAACAAGGCGCUAGAGGGCCGCCAGGACUACCCGGUCCUCCUGGCCUUCCAGGCCCUUCAGGUAAAACAGGCCCUCAAGGCACUAUUGGUCUGCCAGGCUCUCCUGGUCCGAUGGGCUUGCGAGGACCGCCUGGAAUUGUUGGCUCUCCCGGAAUUCCAGGUUCCAAAGGUGAUGUAGGCCCAAUGGGUUUACCUGGAAUGACUGGUGCAAAGGGUGAUCGUGGACCUAAAGGAGAUCAGGGGUUGCCAGGACUUGAUGCUCCUUGUCCACCUGGUCCAGAUGGACGUCCAUUGCCUUAUUGUGGAGAUCCAGCCCCAUUAACAGAGGUGAAUUUUAUUUAUUUUUUCAUCCGUCCUCAAUUAACAAAGCUUAAGAAUUUUUAA